GAGGCCCUUCCAAGUACCCACCGACUCAUUGUGACUGCUGCUGUAAAAACCCAAAAGGGGACAAAGAAGGGGAAAGUGGGACAUCUUGCAAUGAACUAUCUACUUCUAGCUGCGACAGCCAAUCUGAAGCCAGCUCUCCACAAGAAACAGUCAUUUGUGGUCCAGUAACUCGCCAACCCAAUAUACAGACUUUAGAUCGGCCAGCCAAGAAGGGACCCGUGCAGAUACUACAGCAAUCUGAAAUCCGAAGAAAAAGUGACCUUUUAAGAACUCUGACCUCGGGUUCUCGAGAAUCUAACUCAAGCAAAAAAAAAGUGGUGAAAGAAAAGCUCUCUAUUGAAGAAGAGCUCGAAAAAUGUAUUCAGGAUUUCAUGAAGAUAAAAAUACCAGACAGGUUCCCAGAGAGAAAGUACUCAUGGCAAUCAGACCUGUUACGAAAAUAUCACCUAUAG